AAUGGACCUGUCCUACUUCCGCUGUGCACGGCAGAGAUAACUAUAAAGGCCUACCUGACCCCACACAGUCCAAAUUCUCUCUCCAAUUCAUCCCAAUCCUCUAUCCAAUUCCUCCACUGCAAUCACUGAACAAUCCAUCAACUCAUCCCAAUCUAGUCCCAUAACCUGUAACGUCUUUUGAAGACAUCUCCUUCACGAUGGCACCGAGGAUCGCAAUCGUCUAUUACUCCAUGUACGGCCAUAUCGCCAAGCUGGCCCUAGCCGAAAAGAAGGGCAUUGAGGCAGCUGGCGGCACUGCCGACCUUUUCCAAGUUCCGGAGACUCUCCCCGAAGAAAUCCUCACCAAGAUGCACGCCCCACCGAAAGACCCCUCCAUUCCCGUCCUCUCCAAGCCCGCCGAUCUGGAGGGGUACGAUGCCUUCCUCUUCGGCAUCCCGACCCGUUAUGGCAAUUUCCCCGCCCAGUGGAAGGCAUUCUGGGACAGCACGGGCGGGCAAUGGGCGUCCGGCGCGUUCUGGGGCAAGUACGCCGGUCUCUUCGUCUCCUCCGGCACCCAGGGCGGCGGACAGGAGAGCACCGCCAUUGCCGCCCUGUCCACCUUGACCCAUCACGGGAUCAUCUAUGUGCCCUUGGGAUACAAGACGGUCUUCGGCCACCUCGCAGACUUGACAGAGGUUCGCGGCGGAAGCCCAUGGGGUGCAGGCACUUUCGCGGGUGGUGACGGCUCGCGCCAACCUACCACGAAGGAGCUCGAGCUCGCCGAGGAGCAGGGCAAGGCCUUCUAUUCCACCGUCGCCAAAGUCAACUUCGCAUGACUAGAUGAUAGCAACGGUGCUGAGGAAAAGCUGGCACAUGGGACGGCGGAUGAGGGGAUCGCAUCACCCAAAGCUACACUGCAGAAGAAGAAUGUGGACAAGGACGGUCCGUGUGGGCUUCCGGUGAAGUGUACCAUUCUCUAGCGAGUGAACGAAAUUCAUUGGAAUGCAUAUCAUCAUGAAAAGUGUAUCUGGUUCUGGACCUUGAUAUUUCCGUAUCUAAGUAUUGAAACCGUAUAACAUGGACUGUAAAGCUGCGAAAAGCGUAGUACUCAGGGGAGGGCCAGUCGUAGUACUAUCGACCUGCAUCACGGUUGUUUCUAUCAGCCGCAGGAUUGGCUAGAGUAAAAGAA